GCACACGUCCAGCCAGGAAACAGCUUGAGUGUUGGCAUAAGAUCAUGAACCCAGCCAACCAACUUCUUAUCAAUUUGACGGGCUGGAACUGUUGUCCUGGUGACCAGAGUAGCUGCACUAUCAUCACGUACAGAAGGCAGCAAAGGAGAUGCCUUGACCUGUGGGUGUAGCUGUGUGCGCACAUGAUAUGAUGGUAAAGUCGCUUGGAUACAUGAAGAUAAGAUCCAGGUCGUGGUUUAUCUAUGUGAAAGAUGAAGCAAAACCAAAAUGGAGAAGCAUGCAAAGUUGAUAACUGUAAAAGAAGAAAUGAGAAUGAAUUUGUUCUGAGGAUUAUGGAUCAGAACCUCCAACAGCUCAGGACCUGGCAAUAUGAACCUCGAAGUGAGUUGGCAUAAAUGUACUUUGUCUUCAGUGCCGAUUGCUGUAAUGUAUUUUCAGUAUCCAGAUCAUCUGGGUCAUGAAGAAGAUAAAGAGUUCCUGUGGAGCCUUCAUGGGAAGAGGCCACAAGCAGGAGACAGGGGCCGAGGAGAAUACAAAGAUGCUUCCCAAGGCCAAGGAGAGAGAAAAGCAGGAAAAAAAGUGGGCAGAAAAACUGAAAAGCUCAGUCAACAACUUGGUGGAGACUGUUCCUGGCAGGAAAAAGGCAGCUGCAAAGGAGGAAAAAAGCAAAAAUGAGGCAGAAAAUUUGCUGGAGAUGGAAAAAAAUAUGAAAAAAGAAAAGGGAGAAAUGCCUGCAGAGGAAAUCAUCUGUGGAUUCAUUGAGCAAGGAAAGUUUUCUCAAGCUUGCCUUUGUAUUUCUCGUCUGGAGCAGCCUGGGAGCGAUGGUGUGGGAAACUCUGAGUCGCUUUACACUCUCCUGACUGAACGAAUGUGGACUGCUGUGAGAAAAGCACUCGAUGGGAGUGAUGGGAUGCUCCUGCAGCCAUUGCAGUCAGUGGGUGAGUCACUGAACUGGCAGAAGCAGAAGAAAGAGGAGUGGCUUAGCAGUGAGCAAGGGAUGGAGCCUGCUUCCACAUGGCAUCCAAACUUCUGGGAGAAAGAUCUGGAGAAAGAACUAACACAGUACUGGACAGCCCAGAUUCCCCACUUUAUUCCCACUGGUGACACAGAUGAUACUACACUAAAACAGCAUCUGAGUCAGCUGGAAACAACAUUGCUCCCCAGCCUGGAGCACAGAAGUGGUGCCUUCAAGGAGGCAGGACUGCUCAUUCCCUAUACCUGGUGCUGCCAGGCCUCUUUGUUCUCUCACCUUUCUGCCCUUACUGACAGCGAGCACUGUACCUUCAGCCAACAGCUCUUAGUUUAUGAAUGGUGCCUAAAAGCAUAUAAAAGGGGCAGCGGGACGUGGCUGGCACCCAGGCAGAACUCCCAGCAUCCUGAUGUGCAGAGUCUCAUGUGGAUUAUCCUGAAAACAGAAGAAAAGUUACUUGCAGUCACCCGGAAGGAAGUAGGGAAAGCCCUGAACAAAGCCUUUAAUACUGGGGAAACCCCUUGCACAGAUGCUGCAAUCAUUCAGAUGUUAACAGAGAAGACAAAAACAGCCCAGCACGUCAGUGAGAGCCUAAAGGAGAAGGUGGAAGCUGUAUGCCUGGAGGAGUACCUGAGCUUCCUGGGCAGCUAUGAAAACAAAGUAAGAAGCAUUCUCCAGCAUAACGGCUUCCAUGGGAUCUCCAGCAGCUUGCAAAUCAUUGAGAACUUCAGCAUUCUCAGAACUGUCUGGUAUAAGUUAACGUACCUCUGUAGUGCCAGCACUGAUCAGGAUGCUAAGAUACAAAGAUUUAUAGACAGGAUGGAAGAUGAGAUUACGGAGCAUUUUCUGCAGACAGUCACUUCUGAAGUCAAGGGAACACUGAAGGAUCAUUUCAGAAAGAGUGACAGUGGUUUCAGACGCAUCCUUGAAUUCUUAAAGCAAAGCUUUUUGAUGUUUAAGAAGAAAAAAGCAGACAAAUAUCAGGCCCUUGUCAAGUCUGUGAACAACAUAAUUACUAACGAAUACGUGCAAGCCCUCCUGACCACUUCCAGGAAAUCGUCUGUGCAGAGGAGGAGGCAGAUUGUCAGCAAGAUGGAAGAAGAUCAUAGGAUGCUGCAUACCAUCUUUAAGGAGAGCUUAAGUCCCGUAGCUGGUACUCUCAUGGAUUCCAUCAAAGCAAUUUUAGGACUUAUUCAAGCUCCUGAUGCUGAGGGGAUGAAAAUAGCCCUGCUGCCUGUGCUCAGUCAAUUUCCUGAUCUAAGGGAAGAACAUCUGAACACAUUGUUGGACAUCAAAGGGUCGCUCCAUAAAGAAGAUAGAGUUGCUUUAUUGAAGAUACUUUGUGAUAACUGUGGGAAAACUGAAACAGAAAGCAACUUGCUUUUUGAAGAUAUAGAAGUAAAACCUGGAAUGUAUGAACGCUGUUGCUGCUUUUGUUGUUAGGAAAGUCAGACCUACUGUGAGAAACAUGAAGUUCUCUCUCCCACAUAGCAGUAUCUGCAGUCACAGCUCCUGGGAAGCUUCAUGGACUCGUGCAGCUGGAUGCAUGAAGACGUGUGGCAGCAAUGGAAGCCAGAAUUCCUGCACUUCUGCAGGAAAACCACACGGCUCAGAUCCUAAUGUUCUAUGCAAUGACCAGGCAGAAGUUGACUGGAGUAUGGCUGAAAGACAUUCCUUUAAACUUGCUUAGAGAAUGCUGCUUAGCUGAGUCCUGGUGGUUAUUCCCAGGAUGCGCUAUCAUGGUGUGGAGGAGGAGGAGAGAGAGGUUCCCCUCUGCCAAAUUUCUGUUAUACAGUCUCAUGCUUAACAAGGGACUGCUGCACCAUACAGUGUCCUAGCAGAUGAUACAGUAUGAUAACCUGCCCCAGGGCUCUCUGUAGAGCCUAGCCCGUGGGAGCACGGAGCAGCUGUGGGCAUGGUGCAGGAUUCAGCCCUUGUAAGCCUCACCUGAUAGAAAUGUGACCUUUCCCUUGUCACACUAAGGUCACAAGCCCCAAGAGUGGGAGCAGAAGAUGCAUCUGUCCUCGUGUCCCUUGCUGGGAUGGCUCACGGCAGUCUCUUUGUGGGAUGGGGAGCUCUUCAUGUACAAGUUUCUCAGCUGGUGCUGGAGCACUUUUGCAUUCAUUUUUGUACCUCAGUUACUGGAAAUUUCUUCUUGCUGUGUGAAGUAGCUCCUUUGGAGAGGGAGUGGAAGGCCUUGAGGGAAGUAGUCAGUGAAAGCAGCUGUUUGUCCCAGCCUCUGGGCAAGGUCUGUGCUGUUUUCAGAUGUAGAUAGGCAGUUCUGCUAAGGAAAGCACUAACUUUCUAGUUAUCUAUGGACUGUUCACACCCUCAAGCUGAAUUUGAUUCAAGGCCCUCCUUUAAUUUAGGUCAUUAUAGACUUGUUCCUCUCUGGCCACGUAAACAAGAAAAAAGCUCUGCUACCUCAGAUCUACUGUUGCUGUUGGCAUCAACACAGGCUCUUCUCUAAUAGGAAAAGGGGAAGUCUGUGCAUAACCUGCAAGCUUGCAAGGCUGGGGCCACGUCCAGCUCCUGGGCUGUGGGAUAGUGCAGGUCUGAAUGGGUGCCACCAUGCUUUGCAGCACCAUGCCAUGCCAACAGCCCCUUGGAUGUGCCAGCGAUGAAGCCACAUCUUGGGGUGGCUCUGCAGGUUGGUGGACUCCUGUCACAGUGUGCAGUGCUGUGCUGGGAGUGCUGACAGCCCUGUCAAGCACGCUGGGUCAUUUGUCCUCCCAUGCUGCCUAAUUGCACAUUUUUUCAAGGGCAGGAAGUGAUUACAGCCCCAACUUUGUGACAACGGGAUUAGAGGCAGCCUCUGUUUAUUGGAAUUUCAAUCAACGAACCUUCCAGAGAAAAUAAAUAAAAGCCCCUUUGACAUUUUGAUCG